AUCAACACCGCCCCUCCACUGUUUACUUUCCUUUCCGCUGGUAAUUAAUUACUGGCUUAAAAAUUGCGAUUUUGAGAUAAUUAUGAAUACCAAGGAAAAGCAGCGCGCUGCGUCGGCCGCCGUCGGCGCGAGGACUGCCCGGGCGUGCGACGGCUGCCUGCGGCGGCGGGCGCGGUGGUUCUGCGCUGCCGACGAUGCCUUUCUGUGCCAGGCGUGUGACGCGUCCGUCCACUCGGCGAAUCCCCUCGCCAGCCGCCACCACCGCCUCCGCCUCAAGACGGCCACCUCCUCCUCCUCCUUGGCUGCUGAUGCCGCUACGCCGCCUCCAGCUCGCACCGCCCUUGAUGCCGGUGAGCCGCCAACAUGGCUCCACGGAUUCAAGCGGAAGGCGCGAACGCCGCGCGGUAAGCCGAUGUCGGCCAUAAAAGAGGAGACGACAGUUGUGCCGGACCUCGAGGCUGAGGAGAAGGCCGAGGAGGCGGAGGAGCAGCUGCUGUACCAGGUCCCGAUUUUUGACCCCCUGCUGGCAGAAUUCUGCUCCCCGUCGCCGCUGCUGCCGACUCCUCUCGAGGAUGCAAAGCCGGCGGCACAGCCGAUCGACCCGUUCGAAUCAGCAUCGGCAGCCGCGGCGGCUUCCUCGGACGGGCUCCCAGGGUUCCGUGAAGUUUCGGAUUUAGAUGUCGCAGAAUUCGCAGCGGACAUGGAGAGCCUCCUCGGCGGCGGCCUUGAGGAAGACUCGUUCUCGCUGCACGAGCUAGGGCUGAUGGACUCGGAGGUGAAGGAGGAGGAGGCCGAUGUGGACGCGGCGGCGGCGGCCGGGGAGACUGAGAUUUGCAGGGAGCCGAUGGAUGUUAAGUUCGACUGCAGCGCGGAGGAGGAGGCAGCAAAGGCGACGGCGGUGGUGUCGUCUGUGUCUGAGGGAGAGGUGACGGUGGUCGCAAAGAAGAAGAUGAUACUCACGUUGGAUUACGAAGCCGUUAUGGCGGAGUGGUCUUGCAAGGGUUGCUCGCCGUGGACUGGCGGUGAGCGGCCGCAGCUCGGCACCGAUGACUGCUGGCCCGAAUUCGCGGGGAUGUGGGGAGGAGACGGAAAAGGGGCGGCGCAGCACCGAGAUCCAGCAGCUGCAGCAGCGGCAGCGGCAGUCGGUGGAGGGAGGGAGGCGAGGGUGACGAGGUACCGAGAGAAGCGUCGGACGCGGCUGUUCGCGAAGAAGAUACGGUACGAGGUGCGCAAGCUGAACGCAGAGAAGCGGCCACGGAUGAAGGGUCGCUUCGUCAAGCGUGCGGCUUUUCCUGCCAUAGCGGCAGCAGUCACCGCUGCAGUGCCGGCGAUCCCGCGGGGGCCACCAUUUCCUUUUUGACGGGGCUCGAUCGAACGGACUCGAUCACGCGUGCAUGUAAAUGCAUGCGUGCUUCUUGUCAUAGUAAAUAACCCUCUUUUUCCUUUCUUUUUUUUUUUUGUUUUGUGAAUUAGAAGGAUAAUUAUAGGACUAGCAUAGGUAAACCAAAUAAUUUUUUUCCUUUUCUUUUUUAAUAUUUCUGCUCAUCACUCGCCGACAUGCAUGUAAUAGAUCAAGACAUUGCUUGAUUACUAGCAAGCUACUUUUUUUUUUCCUUUGUUUUUUUUUUUUUUUCGGUGCUGGGGGAAUAUAGUCCAGCUAGUUCUAAUGAAGCGCUAGGGUUUUUGUGCAAUAAGCUGAACAUUGAUGCUGAAUUUAGCUUUUACAUUUGUAUUCUUCUU